AUGUCGGCGCCAAAGAAAGACGCGAAAUCGCCUCUACUCAGUCCAACGAUCAAGGUUCCGAACAAAGAGGUCACAUUCUCAGCCAACACCAGCGGAGCAAACAGCACAGCAACAAAAACAGGCCCAGGAAUGGCGAGCCCUGCCACAAAGCCAGACCAACCAGUCGUGAUGCCGCCCAAAAAGGUCGAUACCAACAUGUCUUGGGGAAUGCCGUUGGGCCUUGGUGUGCGCGGCCCCAAUGACGAAAACCUCAUUAUAUUCCGCAAAGCCGUGGGUAUCAACUACUCCAAGUCCCAUGCCGACUUCUCGACGCUAGAGGAGGGCCGCAAAACGGCGACGGGUAUCUACAAAAUGGUUAUUGACGCACAAGUCAAGAAGCAUAUCCAGCACGACUUUAUGACGGCCCUCAUGUACUUUUUCUACUUGGCGCAGAUUGUCAUUGGUGCAGCGCUGACGGCACUGGGUCCUUCUGCACCGCAAUACACUCUGCCAAUCACGCUUCUGGGAGCCUUUAAUACCAUCAUAGCCGGUGUUUUGGCCUUGAUAAAGGGCUCAGGACAGCCACAGCGAUUGUCCAAGGAUCAAAUGGGCUAUCGGAAGCUACAAGACUGGAUCGAGGAGACAGAGGCCCUAUUGUCGGUUGGUGUCAUCGGCAGAGACAAGAAGGAGGUCGGAAUGCUGGUCGAGGUCGCUUUCAAGAGGUAUAAUGCUGCCAAAGCCAGCGAGGAGAACAAUCGGCCAGACAUGUAUGUCAACCAAACCAUUGAGUCUCUCGGGUAUCGAAGGAGUUCCGAAUCUUUUGACAACCAGCCGGCGAAGGCAGUGCAGGAGCCUGCUAAGUAG